GACAGGCUGUUUUCUGGCAAUGGUAAGUGGGAGGCCUUCAGAAAUGAAAUUUUGAGCGUGUGGAGUUUGAAUGUGCCUGCCGAAAUAAAAGCUGAAAGGUACCUGGUGCAGGGAGCUGUGCUUUUCAGGAGAUAUUGAGGCCCGGAUCAUUUUGUUCCUCUGAAUGCCUCAGACUGUUGGGUGCUACCAAGACUCAUUAAUGACUACAAAUCAUAAUUCCAAGCCUUGAGCUCAUCUGACUUUUUUUUUACUCAUUAUCUGUUAGUUUCCAAAAGCUUCCCAAUAGUUUUUGCUCUUUUGUUUGCCCUCACUUUGGCUUUUAUGUUGGCUUUGGCUUCUCAUUUCAGCCAAAGUUGUGUCCUCCUGCCUUUCCAAUACUUCCACUUCUUUGGGAUGUAUCAAUCACUCGGCUCCCGAAUUGUUCCCAGAAACUCUAGCCAUUGCAGCUCCAUUGUCCCUCCUACCUUUUCCCUUCCAAACAAGUUUGGACAACUUCUCUGCCAUAGAAAUAUGGAGAAGUUCAGUACAGAAACAGUCUAUUUGGCCCAUCUAGUCAAUGCCGAAAAAACAUUUAAGCUGUCUAAUACAACUACCUGCUCCGGGAUCAUCACCCUCCAUAACCCUACAAUCCAGGUUGAGAAUGAGAAGGAAUUUAUCUCCAAGACUCUCAAACACGGCACACCAGUUUUGCUGUCUCUGACUAGAUACUUAAGAAGUGGAGCAAGAGAUUCAAUAGACCAUCUGUCCUUCACAGACUGUGGGGAGGGAUUCACUCGGUCCUUUGGCCAACUGGCAUGUCUGUCAUUUUACGCAGGGGAAAGUCUGUUCACCUGCUCAGACAGUGGGAACGGAUUGACUCGGUUAUCUCGAUUGAAGGUACAUCAGCAAGUUCACACUGGGUAAGGCCAUUCACCUGUUCCGUGUGUGGGAAGGGAUUCAGUCAGUCUUCCCACCUGUGCACACACCAGUCAGUUCAUAACACACCAGGCAGAGGCUGGUCAUCUGCUGAACUUCUGGGAAAGGAUCCACUCAGUCAUCUAACCUAAUGGCUCAUCAGCGAGUUCACACAGGGGAUAAGCCGUUCACCUGCUCAGAUUGUGGGAAGAGAUUCAUUCAUUCAUCCAGCCUACAGAGACAUCAGCGAGUUCACACUGGGGAGAAGCCGUUCAUCUGCUCAGAAUGUGGGAAGGGAUUCACUGAUUCAUCCAGCCUACAUAGACAUCAGCGAGUUCACACUGGGGAGAAGCCGUUCACCUGCUCAGAAUGUGGGAAGAGAUUCACUCAGUCAUCCACCCUACAGAGACAUCAGCGAGUUCACACUAGUGUGAGGCCGUUCACCUGCACAAUCUGUGGGAAGAGAUUCACACAGUCAUCCACCCUACUGAGUCAUCAGCGAGUUCACACUGGGGAGAGGCCGUUCACCUGCUCAGAAUGUGGGAAGGGAUUCAUUGAUUCAUCCACCCUACAGAGUCAUCAGCGAGUUCACACCGGGGAGAAGCCAUUCAUCUGCUCAGAAUGUGGGAAGGGAUUCAUUGAUUCAUCCAGCCUACAGAGACAUCAGCGAGUUCACACUGGGGAGAGGCCAUUCACCUGCUCAGAAUGUGGGAAGGGAUUCACUCAGUUAUCCAACCUACUGAGUCAUCAGCGAGUUCACACUGGAGAGAGGCCAUUCGCCUGCUCAGACUGUGGGAAGAGAUUCACUCAUUCAUCCACCGUACUGAGUCAUCAGCGAGUUCACACUGGGGAGAGGCCGUUCAUCUGCUCAGUCUGUGGGAAGAGAUUCACUCGGUCAUCCGAACUACAGAGUCACCAACGAGUUCACAUUAGGGAGAAGCCGUUCACUUGUUCAUUCUGUGGGAAGGGAUUCACUAAGUCAUCCACACUACAGAGUCACCAGCGAGUUCACACUGGAGAGAGGCCGUUCACCUGCUCAGUCUGUGGGAAGAGAUUCACUCAGUCAUCCAACCUACAGACUCAUCAGCGAGUUCACACUGGGGAGAAGCCGUUUACCUGCUCAGAAUGCGGGAAGAGAUUCACUCGCUCUUCCACCCUACAGAGACAUCAGCAAGUUCACACCGGGGAGAAGCCGUUCAUCUGUUCAUAAUUUGGGAAAGGAUUCACUCAGUCAUCCCAACUACUGGCACACCAGUCAGUUCACAAUGGGGAGUGGUCGUUAUUAUGAAUCCCUAGGUUUUGCUUGCUGUGGACUGUCAUUUUAAGAGAGAGAGACAGAAAUUAGGAUGGUGAGUCAGUCUGACUUGCAGGUUGUUUAAUUUGCUCACAGCUUGUUUAGUUUUAACUGAGGACAGAGACACUCAGACGGAGAGGAAGGAGGAAAAGUGGAAGGAUCGGAACCGGGGAACUAGUGGCUGAGGGUCACUGUUUGGAACUUUCCUGUGACCACAAGGGUGGGUUAAUUAUCGAUUCACCAUAUAUCGAAUGUGUGGUUAUCACCUCGUUUGAUCCAUAGGUGUGGAUCGGAUUUGGCGUAUCCUGUGAAGACCACUUAUGUGUUAACCCUUGUCUGGGUUUGAUGUGAUAAUUCACUUGAAGAUGA